AUGUCGUCUGUAGCUGUCUCGGAUAACCCCGACUUUGUCCCAGUCGCCGACUGGCCUACCCUGGAAGCCAUGGCUAUCGGUUUUCGGGAACACCUUAUGCCUGCGUCCGGCAAACUACAGAGCAGAACUAUCACUCAUACAUUUGACAAUGGUAUGAAGAUCUCUCAUGAGUUCGCCGCCGACUCUUUGACAUGGACAAUCCUUGAGGGCCAAGACAAAGGCAAAUCCGGCGAGGCAGACUACGAAGCUUUUGAAGUCAGACCUGAUGUUUUUUUCAUUGACUUUCUCAAGCCUGCGUACAACGAGGUUGUCACAAUGGUAGUCGAUCUGGAAACUGGUCAGGCUAUUACUGGUGUAUCUGGUUUCAAGGAUGAAGACAAUCAACGUCGAACAUACACCGUCUUCAUGAACGCCACCCUCUAUCAAGACCAACCUGUGCAAGCAUUCUCUACCACCGAAGACCUGAUUGGCAAGCAUAUCCUCUACCGCUACAGCUCAAAGGACGCAUACGAACACCUAUACCUCAACAAGGGCACAUUCGUUUGGCACUGUCUCGCUGGAACCGAGCGAGGUAUUGCUGAUGCGGAGAAGUGCAAGAUGCUCAAGCUGCGAGAUGGAUUGUACCUUUUUUUCUGGACCGAGACAGUCAUGCCAGUUGAGAGCUUGGUUGUGAUUGAUUUGGAGCAUAUGCGAUCAACGGGGAGGUUCUACUGUUGGGAUCCGAAGCCGAGGGAGGCCGUCCAUGUCCGUUUUGGUUCGCACGCCACCGUCAUGGCAGAGACAUCGCCUAUGCAGACUUUGAGGCAGGUCUCGCAGAAUGGUUCGAUUUAG